AUGGCACCCAAAAGAAAAUCGGAUGCUGCCGCAGAAAGCAGCGCUGCCAAAAAGCCCAACAAUGCCACCGGGGACCAGCCCGACGAGCCAUCACUCUGGCGACACCCACGCUGGUCAGAAGUCUCUGCUUCUGGAAACUCGGACGCGGCCUUUCGUGAGGCCAUGACAAAGCCCGACCAGAACCCCUUUGAAUACCUCAAUGUGUGCAAACAACUGCUCGAGCAAAUCCCGGAGGAAGUUCUACGCCAUCGCCAACGCGAGGCCAGUGAUGACGAGGAAGGAGACCAGGAACCGCCCUGUGAUGGUGGCCGGACCUGCUCCUGCAUGAAACCGCUCGCCGAACACCCAGAAGCCAAAUUUUCUCUUAGCCGGGCUGGCGUAUGGCGAUUCAACAUGAUGCGCGAACAACUUCCAUAUCGAAACCCGGAAACAUUUGGAAUCCUGAUGUUCAGCGAUUUUCAUACCUGGGGAACGAUCGAAGUGAUAGAAAACCAGGUAUUGGACUUCAAUGAGGCGAUCGACUGGAGGGAACAGUGGGCAGUCUGCGAAGCCCUUGUCAUGUUCCUCGGGGCAGAAGAAAUUAAUUCCAUGGGAUGGUCGGAGGAACCCGCUGAUUUCCUGGCGCUUGUGGAGAAUGGUUUCCUCACGAUGCUUGCCAAACUCGAGAGCCUCGAUCUCCUGAAACCCGACUCAGAGGUGAAAAAUCUGGCUGCUAUCAUGUCCUUGGCUAUUGGAAAUGCAUACGAACUGGCAAAUUAUGGCCUGGAAUUCGAGGGCCUUGACAUCAAGGUUUUAGCCUAUGCUCUCAAGCACGAUAUCGUCCUGCCAGAGCUCCUUCGUACGGAGAAGAGCGUCGAGAAACUCUCGGACAAGGCUCGUGCAUUCAAUCUCCCUGAAUAUGAUGCGAACGACAACGAUCCCUGGCAAUGGACGAAGACUUUGAAGAAGUACACCCCAGCGGGAGAGGGGAAGAAGAUGGGCGGGGACAAGUAUGAUGUGACGAGCUGGACAUCGGCCAAGCGCAAGAAGAACAGUUCAGAUCGCAAGGACCCUUGCUCGAAGGAAAUGAUGGCAAACAUCAAGAAGGGAAUGGUCCUGUCACUAGCUAAUUAG